CAAAUCUCUGAAUAAUUGCUUCCCAUACACACACGUUAUAAAGGAUUUUAUUUGUAUAUAGUUUCAUAUUAAACUCCUUCAAAAUCUUUAAAUCUCUCACUGAAUUCUGGGCCAUCGCCAUUCUCUGUAAUUACUACAAAGAUCGAAUCUUUUCAAGAUUUAAGGUGGAGGGAUAGAGAGAGAGAGCUGUGUUUGUUUAGUGCUAUCAUAUUUUCUGGCACAUGUCACUGUUUCUUGCAUUUAGCGUCUGCAUCAUCUUCCUGUUUGGUGAAGUUUUCAUCCACCCUUUGUUAUAAAACAUUUUAAUAAGGUUUUGUUGUGACAUCUGUGGCUCUCUGAGUUAUUGGGGUUUGAGGCCUUUUCUUGGGCUGAUAGAAUAGAAAGAAUAUUUCAUUUAUUAAAGCCAAAGUUGUGAUUUUGAGGUAGCUUUACUGCCUAGCUUUCAUUGUCAGUUGCAUUUCCGCCACUGGUGUUAAAAGAAAAGAGCCAAGAUUCAACUUUUCUCAAAAUGAGAGGUGAGAGAAGGAAGAAGCUGCAUCUGAGCAAGAUCUACUCUUUCAAAUGUGGGAGAGCUGGAUUCAAAGAGGAGCAUUCACAGAUUGGGAGACCUGGUUUUUCAAGAGUGGUUGUUUGCAACGAGCCUGAUGGUGCCGACACCGGUAUUAGGCAUUAUGCCUCAAAUUAUGUGAGAACCACCAAGUAUACAGCUGCAAGUUUCUUGCCCAAGUCUCUGUUUGAGCAGUUUAGAAGAGUGGCUAACUUCUACUUCCUUGUCAUCGGCUGCUUGUCCUUCACGCCGCUUGCUCCUUAUUCCGCCGUCAGCGCCAUCAUUCCGUUGAUUGUGAUCAUCGGAGCAACCAUGGUUAAAGAGUUCAUUGAAGAUUGGCAACGGAAGAAGCAGGAUAUUGAGAUGAACAAUAGGAAGGUGAAGGUGCAUCAGGGUGGUGGGAUUUUUAAGCACACUGAAUGGAGAAAUCUGAGAGUGGGUGAUUUAGUGAAGGUGGAGAAGGAUCAAUUCUUCCCUGCAGAUUUAGUCUUGCUAUCUUCGAGCUACGAGGAUGCUAUAUGCUAUGUUGAGACGAUGAAUCUUGAUGGGGAGACGAAUUUGAAGCUGAAGCAGGCGUUGGAAGUCACUUCAUCGUUGCACGAGGAGCGUGACCUUGGUGAUUUCAAGGCCAUUGUGAAAUGUGAAGAUCCUAAUGCUAACUUGUACAGUUUUGUUGGGAGCAUGGAGUUUGAGGGGGAGCAAUACCCGCUCUCUCCUCAACAGCUGCUGCUUAGAGAUUCUAAGCUACGAAAUACAGAUCAUAUAUAUGGAGCAGUGAUCUUCACUGGCCAUGACACAAAGGUGAUUCAAAACUCCACGGAUCCACCCUCGAAGAGAAGCAAGGUUGAGAAGAAGAUGGACAAGAUCAUCUACUUACUAUUCGGUGUGCUUUUCUUGAUGGCCUUUAUCGGCUCAGUUUACUUUGGUGUUGUAACUAGGGAAGACAAAGAAGGUGGGCACCAGAGGUGGUACCUCAGACCCGAGACAGCUGACAUUUUCUUUGAUCCUGAUAGGGCUCCCAUUGCAGCUGUGUAUCACUUCCUCACAGUGCUGUUGCUCUACAGCAACUUCAUUCCAAUCUCGUUGUACGUCUCAAUAGAGAUUGUGAAAGUGCUUCAGAGCAUUUUCAUCAAUCAAGACAUACAUAUGUACUAUGAAGAAACUGACAAGCCAGCUCACGCCCGUACCUCAAAUCUGAAUGAGGAACUCGGCCAAGUUGAUACAAUUCUCUCUGAUAAGACAGGUACAUUGACUUGCAACUCCAUGGAGUUCAUCAAGUGUUCGAUUGCUGGCACUGCUUAUGGCUAUGGUGUAACGGAGGUGGAAAGGUCGAUGGCGAACAGGAAGGGGUCGCCUCUGGCUGUGAGUGCAAAACAUGCAGCUGAGCACCCUGUUAGCCCUCAGAAGUCCUCUGUCAAAGGCUUCAACUUUGACGACGAGAGGGUCAACAAUGGGAAUUGGGUGAAUGAGAGUCACUCGAACGUGAUCCAGCAAUUCUUUCGUUUAUUGGCAGUCUGUCAUACAGCAGUGCCUGACAUGGAUGAGAAUACAGGGAAAAUCACGUAUGAAGCUGAAUCACCUGAUGAGGCUGCCUUUGUCAUUGCAGCCAGAGAACUUGGCUUUGAGUUCUUUAAAAGAACACAAACAAGUGUUUCUAUCAAUGAGUUGAAUCCCGUCACUGGCAAACGAGUUGAAAGAUCAUACAAUCUCUUAAGUAUUCUAGAAUUCAACAGUGCAAGAAAGAGAAUGUCAGUUAUAGUAAGAGAUGAGGAGGGAAAGCUAAUGUUACUUUGCAAAGGAGCUGACAGUGUUAUGUUUGAGAGGCUUGCUAGAAAUGGAAGGGAAUAUGAAGAGAAAACCAGAGAGCACUGCAAUGAGUACGCCGAUGCAGGCUUAAGGACCUUGAUACUUGCUUAUAGGGAGCUAAGCGAAGACGAGUUUCAAGCGUUUGAUUCAAAACUUUUGGCUGCCAAAAACUCAGUUAGCGCUGAUCGUGAGGCACUGAUUGAUGAAGUGACUGAAAGUAUAGAAAAAGAUUUGAUUCUUUUAGGUGCAACAGCUGUUGAGGACAAGCUCCAACAAGGGGUUCCAGAAUGCAUUGACAAACUAGCUCAAGCAGGAAUCAAAUUAUGGGUUUUGACUGGGGACAAGAUGGAAACUGCUAUCAACAUAGGUUAUGCUUGUAGCUUGCUCAGACAAGGAAUGAAGCAGAUUAUUAUUACAUUGGAGAGCCCUGAGAUCAAAGCUCUGGAGAAAAACGGCGAAAAGAGUGAAAUUGCUAAGGCUUCGAAGCAAAGUGUUGUUCGACAGAUCACCGAAGGGAAGGCUCAGGUUGCUAAGUUGAGCAGUGAUGCCUUUGCCUUGAUCAUCGAUGGGAAAUCUCUUGCAUAUGCAUUGGAAGACGACGUCAAGAAACUGUUUCUUGAGCUUGCAGUUGGCUGUGCAUCAGUCAUCUGCUGCCGCUCCUCCCCUAAACAGAAGGCGCUGGUGACGAGGCUUGUCAAGGAUGGAACCACAAAGACUACCUUGGCCAUUGGUGAUGGAGCCAACGACGUUGGAAUGCUUCAAGAAGCAGAUAUUGGAAUUGGGAUCAGUGGCGUUGAAGGAAUGCAGGCAGUGAUGUCGAGCGACAUUGCAAUAGCUCAGUUCCGAUUUUUGGAACGCUUGCUUUUGGUUCAUGGACACUGGUGCUACAGAAGGAUUUCCACAAUGAUUUGCUACUUCUUCUACAAGAACAUCACUUAUGGCAUCACAGUCUUCUUGUACGAGGCUUUCACAUCAUUUUCCGGACAACCUGCGUACAACGACUGGUUCCUGUCUCUCUACAACGUGUUCUUCACAUCGUUGCCUGUGGUAGCUCUAGGAGUCUUCGACCAAGACGUAUCAGCUAGAUUCUGUCUAAAGUUUCCCAUGCUGUACCAAGAAGGUGUGCAGAAUCUACUCUUCAGCUGGCGCCGCAUAAUUGGAUGGAUGUUCAAUGGCCUCUGCAGUGCCAUCAUUAUCUUCUUCUUCUGCGAAAGGGCGCUGAGCCCUCAGGCGUUCAACGAGGACGGAAAGCCUGCGGAUUUCCAAAUCUUCGGAGCCACAAUGUACACCUGCGUUGUCUGGGUCGUGAACUGCCAGAUGGCACUUGCAAUCAGCUACUUCACUCUGCUGCAACACAUUUUGAUAUGGGGCAGCAUUGCAUUUUGGUACAUUUUCCUCUUGGCCUAUGGAGCUAUGUCUCCAUCCUUUGCCACAACUGCAUACAAAGUCUUUGUCCAGUCUCUUGCAGCCACGCCCGCCUACUAUGUCGUCACCUUCAUUGUUGUAGUCUCUGCCCUCGUGCCUUACUUCAUUUACAACGCGAUCCAGAUGAGAUUCUUCCCAAUGUACCAUGGGAGGAUACAGUGGAUAAGACAUGAGGGGUGGUACGAGGAUCCCGAGUACUGCAACAUAGUGAGGCAGAGGUCGAUUAGGCCUACAACCGUUGGAUUCACAGCGCGUUCACUGGCACGAACGAACCCUCUGCAGGAACGAAGCCACGGCCGCUAGAAGCAGCAUGGUAUUCUUUAGCUUGUUGCAAUGUACAGAAUCAUGCUGUGGUUGUUGUAAGCCCUCAUGCUUUUGUAAAUUUUUUUAUUCUUUCAAUUUUACUACACAUUGUAUAAUUCCUCGUAGUUAGACAGUAGAAUCUUGAUGUAAUAAUGGAAUAAGUUAUCAUGAAAUAGAGAUGGAGAGAGAUUUGGUUCUAAAAA